CAAGGGCGUCAAGUGUGGAACCUGCGAGUAAAAAGAAUUCCAAACGACAAUAACUUUCUCUUUCACUCUCCCCUCUCAUCCCUUCCCUGACAAACAACUCCUCAUUCUCUUUCUUUCUCUCUCAACACAAUUUAUGCCCUUUUUUGCACCAUUUUUCUUACUCUACCACGACUCCUCUGCUCAUGCCACCCUUCUUUUCUCUCUCCGUUUUUUCUUGUGACUCCUCUGUUCCUGUCUUUCAUUUUUCUUUCUUUCAUUCAUUCUAUCCGGAUUUAUUUCUGUGCUUGAUUUUGGGAGAAAGGGACAAGUGAUAUAGUAAAGACAAGCCAAAGGGUCGCCGGAAAUGCUCCCGGAGAUGGAUUUGGUUACCUUCCGCAAUACCCAAUCCCGUUUCCGCGGAUAGCUGUUUAAAAGUCCACUGUUUUAUUCACCAUCACUGCUUUUAGACAAUACGUCUAUUAAAAAAUCUCUGAAAUUGAUGAUGUUAGCUUCUGAUGAUAUGCCCACCACGAAGAAGGAAGACGGCGAGGAGGCCGAGGAAGAGGAGGCGGAAGGUGUGAUGUUCCCGGAGGUUAACAUCCCCACCGCCACCAGCAACACCCUAACCUACAGUACGAUGCGGAGUCCUGUUAUUGUUGUUCCCCGGAGUAAAUCUCAGACCGCCACUAGCAGAGUCACGCCGACUAGUACCAUCGACGGUCUCACAGUCGCCGCUGCUUCUGUGGUGGAAAAGCACCUCCCGAACGGGGAUCUGUAUAUGGGGGACUUCUCCGGAAACGCCCCGCACGGAUCGGGGAAGUAUCUUUGGGCCGACGGGUGCAUGUACGAAGGCGAGUGGAAGAGAGGGAAGGCCUCCGGGAAAGGAAAAUUUUCUUGGCCGUCGGGAGCCACCUUCCAAGGAGAAUUCAGGUCGGGUCGGAUGGAAGGUAUGGGCACGUUCAUAGGCUCGGAUGGGGAUACCUAUAGAGGUUCUUGGUCUGCCGAUCGAAAACACGGGUUCGGGCAGAAGAGCUACAGCAAUGGAGAUUACUACGAAGGGCACUGGAAGAGGAACUUGCAGGACGGGCAGGGGAGGUAUGCCUGGAAGAACGGGAAUGAGUAUGUCGGUGAGUGGAAGAACGGGAUGAUUCACGGGAGGGGAGUUUUGAUCUGGGCGAACGGAAAUAGAUACGACGGGAAUUGGGAGUGUGGGGUCCCCAAAGGCCAGGGCGUUUUCACUUGGCCGGACGGGAGUUGCUACAUUGGCUGCUGGAGCAGUAAAGAUGGCAAGACUCAACUCCCCCUCCGACCGGUCUUGAACGGCACUUUUUACCAAGCUCAGAACAGUGGGGCAAACCCUAGGAAUGUUAAGAUGAUCAGUCUGGGUUUUAAUUUUAAUGAAGAGGGAUUCAGUGGGUUAAUCCGGCCCAAGCUUGCUGCGCCAUCCUCAACGGAUGAUAACCGCGGAGCAGUUAUUGUGGGAAUGGGGAAGAAGAGGAUUUCAAUAGAUGGCGACAGGACGGAUAAGAAUUUCCCCCGGAUAUGCAUUUGGGAAUCCGAUGGUGAUGCCGGGGAUAUAACGUGUGACAUAAUUGAUACAGCUGAAACUUCCACGAUUUACAGGGAUGGAUCACCCGUGGACAGCAAUGGAGCUCCCCGACCCUUCAGAACCACUCCCUGCUGUUUUAAUGGAGAUGUUAAGAAACCUGGGCAGACUAUAUCAAAAGGGCACAAGAAUUAUGGAUUGAUGCUCAAUCUCCAGUUGGGCAUAAGGUAUUCUGUGGGAAAACGGUCUUCUUUAAAGGGCGGAGAUCUUAAGCCAAGUGAUUUUGAUCCAAAUGAGAAAUUCUGGACCAGAUUUCCUUCCCAGGGGUCCAAAAUUACUCCUCCCCACCAAUCUGGGGAGUUCUGGUGGAAAGAUUAUUGCCCGGCUGUGUUUAGGCACCUCAGAGUGAAAUUCCAGGUGGAUCCUGCAGACUAUAUGCUGGCUAUAUGUGGAAAUGACGCUCUAAGAGAGCUUUCAUCUCCAGGGAAAAGCGGAAGCUUCUUUUACUUGACACAGGACGAUAGAUUUAUGAUCAAAACUGUGAAAAAGUCGGAAGUCAAGGUGCUUCUUAGAAUGCUGCAGAGUUACUAUAAUCAUGUCUGUAAAUAUGAAAAUUCCCUUGUGACAAAGUUUUAUGGCGUCCAUUGUGUCAAACCAGUUGGUGGUGUAAAGACACGGUUUAUUGUGAUGGGCAACUUGUUUUGCUCGGAAUACCGAAUCCAUAGACGGUUUGACCUUAAAGGAUCCUCUCAUGGCCGCACAACAAGUAAACCGGAGGCUGAAAUUGAUGAAACCACUACCUUGAAAGAUCUUGACCUCAAUUAUGUCUUUCGCCUCCAGCAAAACUGGUAUCAAGAACUAAUCAAACAAAUCGACCGCGAUUGUGAGUUCUUGGAAUCUGAGAGAAUAAUGGAUUACAGCCUUCUCGUUGGCAUCCACUUCCGCGAAGAUAAUAAUACUAUAGACAAAAUGGGCUUGUCUCCCUUCCUCUUGCGGACUGGGAAAAGCGAUUCAUACCAAAACGAAAAGUACAUGCGUGGCUGUAGAUUCCUUGAAGCUGAGCUCCAGGCCAUGGAUAUGAUCCUUGCUGGCCGGAAACCGUUGAUCCGCUUAGGGGUUAACAUGCCUGCUAGAGUAGAACCAUUAGCGCGAAGGAGUGAUUUUGAACAGUACUCCCCAGGAGGGAGCGUUUAUAAUUUGCGGCCUUCAUAUUGUGGCGAGAGUAGUGACGUCAUCCUAUACUUUGGGAUCAUUGACAUUCUUCAAGAUUAUGAUAUUACCAAGAAGUUGGAGCAUGCAUACAAAUCCUUUCAAGCUGAUCCCGCCUCUAUCUCUGCUGUUGAACCAAAGCUCUACUCGAGAAGGUUUCGCGAUUUCAUUGGGAGAAUUUUCGUAGAAGAUAGGCAGCCGAGUAAACCGAAAGAUGAACACUAUAUUGGGGGUAAAGAUUCUUCUUUGGAAGCUACCGGAGGGGUUAAUGACAAAUGAGCAUAGAUAGUCCCAUGUGGAAUUUUCCAUUGUUAAAUCUGAGGCUGAAUUUUGUUUAUCAGCUUCUGAUGUAAGUUUAUGUAAAUUGUAGUAGGGAGAAGAGGGACAUAUGGAUGGUUGGGAUGUGAGUUUUUUUAGAUUUUCUUUUAGGUGAUUGAAGGUGCUUGAAAAAUAGGAUUAGGGAAACAAAUGCAAGAAAAAGGAGGGUGUGGAAUUGGAAUAAUGAAAUGUACAUGUAAUAGGAAAAGAUGAACUCGUAAUAUAUAAAGA